AUCAGUAUGAUUGUUCAGUCCUGUAAGUGAAUACGUUGCAGAUCAGACAGACAGGAAAAAGAGCAAAAGAGAAUACUGAAAGGGAAAGAGAAAUCUACAGCAGCAAAGAUAAACAGGGGAGAUGAAGAUAAAGAGCGGCAUAAGGAGAAUGGGUAGCAGAGAAGGACAGGGUGAAAGUCUAGAGUUAUGACUGAGCUAUAAACACAAUCACAUGUUACUUGCAUAUAGAUAUAUGGAGGAACCAGUCUAAUGAGGCCCGCAUGGAUUCACUGCUCUCAGAACACACAAAUACUCUACCUUAUCUUCUGUCUCUGCCAUUACACUCAGGCCAUCAGCAUCCAGGUGUCGAGGAGCCCCAUCACAGCACCGGUUCAGGGAAGUGCUCUUUUCUCUGUGGACAUCACAUGCACCGGGACUCCAGAAAUCAGAUGGAUGUUCAGUUCUGUGAGCAGACAGCAAAGCAUUGCAGCUUGGAUGCUCGGUUGCACUGCAAACGUGACGGAAAUGUACGAGGGACGAGUGCAGACUCACCCCAACGGCUCUCUAACCAUAACAGACCUACGUCUACAAGACUCUGGCUAUUACACCAUCACUGUGACUGAACCGUCUGGAAGCAGCAAGGACGUGUGUAUGGUGUUGACUGUAACUGAGGUGCUGUAUGAGGACAUCCAGUACUUUAUCGUGUUCAUCAUUGUGUUGGGGACGCUGGCUGCUUUUCUGAUGCUGUGCAUGUGGCUCUUGAAUAAACUACACAACACCAUAAAGACCUGCAGACAACAGAGACGCUUGCCAGAGCACAGUGAGACUGAACUACAGCCACUGGGACAGAGACGAACAGAUCCCAGAUGAGUGAUGACCUUCACAUCUGCCACAAGCGUUCAUUUCCCUUCACAGUCUCAGACGAGUGUAGAUCAACAUGUUCAAUCACACAGACAUCAACACUGAACUCUGAACAUCGCUGCAGACCACAGCAGGACAAUCACAUACUUGUACCUGUGUUAUUAUACAUAGAAAUGGUCAUAGGAUAUCCUCCAGAUGGUGGGACAUUAUGAAUGUUCAUUUGUGUGUUCAUUUUAAUGGAUGAAUGUUUUAAAAAAUCAUUGGAUAUUGCGGGGGAAAGUUUCCAUAUGUGGUUCAGGUAACAAUUCCUGUUUAGUUUACAAAUGUCUCUUAUGAAACAAAAUGAUUUAAAUAUGGCUCAGUGUCAUGAUUGCUAAAUGGGUAACAUCUAACAAAUAUUUAGAUAGAAAUGCAUAUUUAAUAAUUGCUUUUCCCCCCAGAUUAUUUUUGGAAAAGACGUGUCUGAUCUUUUUGGUUGUAAAGGUUCAAAAUAAAUAUAUUGGCAUAAUGA